AGAUAUUUGUUGAAUUAUCCUAACGGAAAUCAAAGGAUAAGGGACCACCCUCUUUCUCUCUUGUCAUGAAAACAAUGAAAAUCCACACCUAGCUGCAACUGAGUCUUGUUUCAGUAUGGCUUACAGUUCACUUUUCUCGCCCAACUUCACUCAUUUUUCAUCUGCAAGACCAAUUAGCCAUCACUUGUAUUAUCAUCCUUACCUUUCUUCUACAUCUCUGCAGUACAACAAUAUCAGGAAAGAGCUUUCACUUCCAUAUGUAGCUUCGGUUCCUUACCAACCAAUCAAUGUGGACUAUCUAGAAGGAGAAUUCAGUGGCCAUGGAGUUACCUUUGAAGGUAUUGGUGACAAUUGUGUUGCUAAAAUGGGACUGGAUAAUGGCAGCACAGCUACUCUAAUGCUUCCAAGUGGUUUGAUCACAUCUUACAAGGCUCCGAUGUGGCAUGGCAGCACAGUUGAGCUACUGCACACAUCGGUUUCGGAGGGAGACGAUGGUGAGGCUGUCAUACAAGGUGGGGUGUCUUUAGCCCUCAACUAUGAAGAUGAUAAUGAAGUUCCAUGGUCUCCAAGUACUUGGGUUCUUCGUGAUAUUAGAGGCAAUUCAAAGGACUCUAUUAAGGUUGAACUGAUAAGCAGUGAUACAGACAAUAUGGUUGAAACAAGACAUAUUGUGACACUGGGAGAAGACAUCUUAACCUCAGAGAUUUCAGUCACAAACUCGAAUUCAUCACCAUUACAAUGGACAGGGUCUAUAAUAAGCCACUUAACUGUUAGCAGCCCAGAAGCAACAUACGCACUCGGAUUAGAAGGAUCAAAUUUUCAUAAUGUGCCACCCUUUUUGUCCAAUUUUGGUAUAAUUCCUUCAGAUCUCGAUGAGGAAAACGAUUCCGAAAUCGGCCAACUAUGGAAGCAAAUGGGACUUAAAGGGUUUUUCAGUGGUUUGGGACAAAAAAAUAAAAAAAAUGCUAGUGAAGAAGAAAUGGAAGGUGAAGAAGAUGAUGGGUAUAAGCAAUUGAAUGAGCAAAUGUGCAGGAUAUACACCUGUGCACCUAGGUUCUUUACACUCAUUGACAGGGGUAGAAGAAACUCUGUUGUUGUAGGAAGAGAUGGAUUUGAUGAAGUGUAUAUGUACAGCCCUGGUUCAAGCCAUGAAAUCUAUGGAGAGUAUUCUUUUAUAUGUGUAGGUCAGUCAACCAUGCUUAAACCCAUAAUGUUAGGUCCAGGAGAAGUGUGGAGAGGUUCACAACAUUUACACAACCCAAAUAUGUAAAUCAUCCUUACCAUGCUUUUUAUAUGCAUCAAAUAAACUUUCAUGGUUUUCAUGCCUGUGAAAAAAGAAA